CUUGGCGCCAUUAAUAGCGAGUCUCGACUUUCUGGGCUCCCUCCCUACUCUCAGCCCUGCACGUGUGCUCUUCACCCAUGCCUCACCCCAAUGGCAGCAUGCGCCUCCAACGGCUGAUUGUAUUGCUCGCAAUUGGCACCGUCGCCUGUCUUUCUCUUCUAUUAUUGCGAUCCUCAACCCCGACCCCGGAGCCUAUAGACCUACCCCCUCCCGAACCGAUCCAGCAUCCCAAACUCUACGAGGGGAAGACAUCAUGGCCCCCUGAGAAGCAACACCCUAUUUCGCGCCUGAUCGAGAACGCGCAGCAGAACUUCGAUCAUGCGCGGUCACGGCAGUCCCAGACCCUGGCGGAAGCCGUGACGGAGUACCAGCGCCGCUAUAAUAUGCACCCGCCGCCCCAUUUCGACAAGUGGUUCGAGUUCGCCCAAGCGAAGGGCGUUCAAUUUGUCGAUGAGUUUGAUUCUAUCUACCACUCCCUCCUGCCAUUUUGGGGCCUCAAGCCCGCGACCAUUCGUGAACGGGCGCGAGAAACACUUGGAUUUGACAAUGCCGUGCUUGGAGUCCUGAUCCGUGAUGGUAAGGUGUCCUUAACGGAUGGAGGUGGUGAUGAUCGAAAAUGGCAGCGAGACGCCACUGCUGGCAUGAUGGAAGCUUUCGUCAAGUACCUGCCAGAUAUGGACUUGGUGUUCAACACCCAUGACGAGCCUCGUGUUAUCAUCCCUAGCGCAGACCUUCGGCGAUUGGUGCAGACAGCGAAGGACCAGGCAAUCCCCGCCGCUUUCAAGAAAACCAACCCAACCAACGCGUGGUCCCCUCGCUCCUCGGAUCUCAACAAGGGCGACCGUAUCGACGAGGUGCGCACCACUCGAUUCAACCGCUUCGCCCACCAGCCUACCUGGACGAAUUCUCGAAUUUCCUGUCCCGUGGAUAGCCCCGCGCGCUCCCUCGACGACGACGCCCCAGAUGACGUUAGCCCUUAUGCGUACGGUGAACUAGGGUUCAUCUAUAACACUACGGCGGCCUCUGAUAUCUGUUACACUCCCUCCCUCCGUUCCUCAUAUGGAUUCUUCGACCGACCAAACGCAUUCGAUGUCGUCCACGAUCUGUUCCCUGUCUUUUCGCAGAGCAAGGUUUCCAGCUUCCAGGAUAUUCUCUACCCGAGCCCUUGGUACUGGGCGGACAAGGUGCCAUAUGACAAGAGCAAGGACUUUGCUUGGGAGGCCAAAUCCGAUCGCAUGUACUGGCGUGGCUCGACAACGGGUGGCUUUUCCCGCGCAGGAGGCUGGCGCCGCCAGCAUAGACAACAGCUGGUUGACAAUGUCAAUGGUUUGGGAAAUACUAAGAUCAUGAUCCGCCAGCCGGACAACACAUGGGUCGCACAGGAAGUCAGUCGGGACACGCACCGUGACUUGUUUGAUGUCAAAUUCACAUUUAUCGGUCAGUGCGACCCGGACGACUGCAAUGCGCAGAUCGAGUACUUCGGUGUGGUCAAGGCGGCUGGGCAGCAAGAUGCGUGGGCACACAAGUAUCUGCUCGAUAUCGACGGAAACGCCUUCAGUGGACGUUUCCAUGCUUUCCUUCACAGUAACAGCAUGGUCUACAAGAUCGCCAUAUUCCGCGAGUGGCACGACGAGUGGUUGAAGCCCUGGGUACACUAUGUGCCUCUCAGCCUGAAAGGUAACGAGUACACCGAGAGCAUGCGUUACUUUGUCACAGAGGAAGAGGGCAAGAAGUCUGCCCUUCAAAUUGCCACCCAGGGCCAGCGCUGGGCCCAGCAAACCUUACGAAAUGAAGACUUGGAAGUUUGGUUCUUCCGGUUACUCCUGGAGUAUGGCCGUCUAGUGGACGACAACCGUGAACAACUGGGCUUCGUCCUAUGAGCAACCUAAUAUCUUCCCUACCGGUGCUCUGUAUAUACUCCCCCUUUCUUUCCGAGGUCUUUGUGUUAUGCUUUGCUGAGCCUCCAUUAAGCCCCAUGCGGGUACUCGACGAGAUCAUGGCUUUCCCCGACCUUUUUGUUUUUCCCUGUUGGAUUGCAUCGACAUGCAUGUUAAUACCCUUUUCUUAUUCCUCUUGUUUCAUCCUCUUGGACGGUUUGACGGGUUUAGACCCUCCCGAUGAUAUUCGGUUGCAUGUGAAGAGGAACUUGGCGUUUGCCGGCAUGGGAGCCCUUUGAGAUCAAACUUGUAAAAUCUCUGCAUUGAAACGCUUCUGUAUGCUUAUAAUGUGAUCUUUGCAUUCUCAUUCUACCUCGGGAUGCCGAUCAGUAGCUUAGUCCAGGGGUUUACUUGACAUUGUCUAUAGAGUUUUGGUCUCUGGGUUGACACGCGUUCUGAGAGCC